AUGUCUGCCGACAAACGAGUCUGCCUCGCCUAUUCUGGCGGUCUUGACACCUCUACGAUCCUCAAAUGGCUUAUCCUUGAGGGUUACACCGUCGUCGCAUUCCUCGCCGACGUCGGGCAGCAGGAGGACUUCGCCGAGGUGGAGAAGAAGGCUCUGGCUCUCGGCGCCGAGCGCAUGAUCAUCGAAAACUUGCAGCAGGAGUUCGUCGAUGAGCUCAUCUUCCCGGCCAUCCAAUGCAAUGCUAUUUACGAGGACCGGUACCUCCUUGGAACGAGUCUGGCUCGUCCCGUCAUUGCUCGCGCUCAAGUUCGGACUGCCCACAAGUACAAUUGCAAGCUUCUCAGCCACGGCUGCACUGGCAAGGGCAAUGAGUACGUCUUCUCGGCCCAAGUGAGGUUCGAACUUGCCUGGAAGGCAUGCGACCCUAGCCUCUCCAUUAUCGCACCGUGGAGGAUCCCCGCAUUCUUCAACCGUUUCCAGGGCCGACAAGAUCUCCUCAAGUUUGCCGCGGAGAAUGGCAUCCCUGUCUCAUCCACCCCCAAGGCACCGUGGUCCCAGGACGAUAACCUGGCUCACUGCAGCUACGAAAGUGGUAUCCUUGAGAAGCCGGACGUGCCUGCACCCAAGAGUGUCUGGACUAGGACUGUUGACCCGCUCGACGCCCCCGAUGUUCCCACCAAGUUCUCCGUUACCUUCCGAGCGGGAGUGCCUGUCAAACUCCAGGUUGAAGGCGGUGAGACCGUGACGGGCUCUCUUGAGCUCUUCAAAGCCCUGAACGAUAUCGCUGGCCGCAACGGCGUUGGACGGAUAGACAUUGUCGAGUCGCGCUUUAUUGGCCUCAAGAGCCGUGGAGCGUACGACUCCCCUGCAUUGACUGUGCUCAGGCUUGCACACAUCGACAUUGAGGGUAUGACGGUCGACUCGAAGGUCAAGCAAAUCAUGGCCUGGGUUGGGAACCAGUGGUCGCAGUGCCUCUACAAUGGCAUGUACUUCUCCCCUGAGCGUGAACUGCUGGAAAACUCCAUCCUCUUCAGCCAGAAGCACGUUCACGGUACAGUGGACAUGAUGGUCUACAAGGGAGCAGCCCACGUCCUCUCCAGGUCUGCGCCUGAAAGCAACCUGUACAGCGAGGAACAGGCCAGUAUGGACACCCUUGAAGGCUUCAGCCCCGAGGACACCACCGGAUUCAUUGCCAUCCAGGCUAUCCGAUUGGAGAAGUAUGGUGCUGCCAAGAUCCAGCAGGGCGAGCCUUUGACCCGAAGCGCAUAA